CAUGGCUGCCUGCGGGGCUCUGCGUUUUACCUUUCUCGGUUAACCGUCUUACUCUAAAUGUCAGCGUGUCCUACUGGAGAUUAAAAAACGUAGACAGAGACAGCGUAUGUACAACGACAACCCUUACGAGGACUCUUACUUGGAUUAAAAAUGGCCUCGGCGUUUGUGGUCGGGGAUAUAUUCAGAAAUAAGGUCACGCAGUUGUUAGAAAAGACAGAUUCAUCUCUACCACAACGACUCAGAGACGAACUGAAGGAGGUUUUAGAAAAAAAACAACCAACAACUCUACCGUUUAGUACAGCGAGGAAACUGAAGAACUACCUAGAGGAACAAGGUCAUCCCUUUUACCUACAUGAGUUAUUAGAAGACAGCUCCCUGCACCUGCCCGAGGUUGUGAAGCCCCCCAGAAACCCUGAGCUGGUCGCGCGUCUGGAGAAGAUCAAGGCCAAACUAGCCAACGAGGAAUACAACAGAAUCACACGCAACGUCAAAACACAGGAAAUAACCCGGAAUGGCACAUUAGCAGAUUUUGGACGAGAAGUGCGAUCAGUCAAGGCAGUGGUGGUGACCAUAUUCAAUUUCCUGAUCACGGUUGUUGCUGCUUUUGCCUGUUCUUACAUGGGCAGUCAGUACCUGUUCACUGAGACCACAGCGCGGGUCAUAUCAGCCGUGAUCGCUGCGUCUGUAGUCGGCCUUGCAGAGCUGUACGUUCUUGUCCGGACCAUGGAGGGAGAACUCGGAGAACCGUAGCAGCUGUGCACAGCAAAUGAAGGGAAUGGUUGAUGCAAAGCUGACAUUUUGAUGUAUUAUAUUAUUUUGUGAUGAAAAAUCCAUCCUUUUUUGGUUUUUAUUAAAAAGUAAUUUAAAAUCUAAAUAAGGUUCCUGAGAAUUUACAAAUGAAAGGCACUGGUUUGCAAACUUACACAUAUAGUACUUACCUGUUUUACAGAAGGAAGUACAGGACUGAGGAAUUGUUUAAUAUCAGUACAUUUAUCUUGACAUAUGGAUACUCCUUCUUCCACCGGUUAAAAUAUUGGAAUGUGUUUACAGAUCAUGAGGCACAAACACUGCAAAUAAGAUUAAAAAUAUAAUGUAAAUCCCCUUUUGGGAUUAAGGAAAUGUGGCUGCAGUAUAGAAAGUAUUUUGUUGUUUAGGUGUACACAGACAAAGUGAAGCCUCAACAUGACCACAACGAGAAACAAAAAUGUAGUAAACGGAUACAUCCAUAUAAAAGAGGACAGAAAUUAAAAUUCAUUUUUACUCCACGAAGAACGAAAGCCCGUCCACUGAUGAGGACCAUGAGAUGGACCUCAAGCCUUCGUACAAUGCUAGCAAUGUAACCGCGUGAAGUUAUUGCCAUUUGUUGAUUUUGUUUUUAUAUGUUGAUCUCUAUCUGCCUGUUUUUCACCCACCAGCUGUGGCGUCAGUUAAUAAUACAGUUCACUGAACUAUUCCUCAA